AUGCGUCACCUGCCAGUCUGCCCCCAGAACGCCAUCCAGGUGACGCUCUCGGACAUGCCUCGGCUUGGUACUGACCAGCAAGAAGUUGCGCUUGUUGAGCAGGCAGGAGCAAAAGGUCACAAGGAGGCCGCAAACGGUAGACACAAAGCACGCGCCGACCCUAUGUUGCGACCACCCUCGGAGCCGGCAUCAAGGCCGAUAAGUAUAGAAACGAUUCGCACCAGCGCGACUCAGCACGAUAAAACAGGGGAAACCUGGAAGAUGGGCGUUACCAAGGAGAAUUGCUGGGAUGAUUUGAUACUUACGCUAGAUGGCGGUGGCAUACGUGGUUACUCGAGUCUCCUCAUCAUUCAACGCCUUAUGCACGAGAUUGCCGAAUGCGAACGCCGAUUGCAACGAGAUGAAGGCCCGGUGCCCGGAAGCCGACGGCGCGAAUUCAAUGAAGACGAGUUACUUCCGUGCCACUACUUCGAUUUCAUGUAUGGUACAAGUACAGGCGGCCUCAUAUCCGUCAUGUUGGCACGAUUACGUAUGAGUGUACCGCAGUGCCUGGAAAUCUACAGAAAAGUAGGACAUGAGUUGUUUGGACAGAGAAGGAAUAUGUUGCCGCUCGCCACCAAGUACCACCACAGGCCGUUGGAGAAGGCUGUGCAAGAUAUUGUGAGGAAGUAUUGUAAGGAACAUGAGAGCUGUACUGGAGAUGAUUGGCACCCUUGGGAUCCGGAAGGCGAGACGUCCGCGCAUUCCAUCGCUGUGAGCUCCGCUGCGACAUGGACGAAUGGGACUAAGCCGGUAGAACGCAUAUGUCAAUCAAUCUGCCUCACCGCAACUCACAACGGUCGGAUAGAUGAAGCCCAUCUCCUCCGCUCAUAUGACCACCAAUACGAUCCCGAUAUUGCCCCACCGUGGGUGACGUCCUAUAAUCCUGGUGCAGACAAGUUGAAGAUAUGGCAGGUGACGCGUGCAACCUCAGCUGCGCCGUUUUAUUUUGAAAUGCUCACUGCCGACUUGGGUACGGGACGGAAAAUGAGUUUUAAAGAUGGAGGAAUCCGGGAGAACAACCCUUCAUAUGCUGCUUAUAGUGAGCAUGCGUCCUUGAAAGGGGAUGAUUGCGAACCAGGACUGUUGCUUUCUAUUGGAACUGGACGACCAGACACCACCAACGACGGUUUCGCUGCUGUUUGGCCUGGGCCUCUUGGCAAGGUCAGAGCGCUUCAGAAAUGGAGUGAGAAGCUGGCUGUGUUCAAGAACGUUCUGAUCAAAUAUACUGAAGGUGAAGACCGCCACAAAAUGAUGCGGACGAUAGCCAAAGGAGAGCAUCGAUGGUAUAAGCGUCUCAACGUGGAUAGUGGGCUACAGAAUCUACCACUUGACCAUUGGGAAAAGGGGACAUGGACAAACCCUCAGACCAAGGAGACCAAGGACGUCGCUGGUGGGAAGACACUUUCGAAGAUGGAGGCAGCAACCAUGGAGUAUCUUGAGCGCGAUACAACUACGAGUCCAGGCAACUUGGCCGAAUACCAACCCCCCAAGAUCGUUCUUCGUCAGGUUGCUGAAAGACUAGUACGACACAGGAGGCUUAGAGAGGCAUCAAAGGCAGAUGACCUAAAGAGGUGGCAGACACACAUGGGCCAAUGGCUUACUGGAGAGUUGAAGCCAGAGGAUACAAGGCGUGAGCCACCUAAGCCGGAAGCUCGGAAAGGGUCACGUGCAUUUCUAUCCGGCUCUAUUCCAGGCUCGCGGCCCUUGACGCCCAGUGGCAAACGAUCAAGUGUUUCAAAAUGA